AUGACCCCUCACACACUCCUCACCACCCCCCUAAAACUCCUCCACCUCCUCACCGGCCUCACCCUCUACAUCUCCAUCCUCCCCAUCCUCCUAGCCUGGCGCUUAUCCCUCACCCUCCUCCACCCCUUCCCCCUCUACACCCACGCACUCUCACACUACCAACACCACCGCACCACUCUACACACCCUCCCCAUCCUACACCCAAUCAUCAACCACCGCAUUGGCAUCACAUGCACCGCUCUCCUCCUCGCCCAAGCCACUCUCGCCAUAGCACUAGUCGAUAAAUCUCUUAUGCAUUUUCCACCCUGGCUCAGCGCGCAUGCUCAGAGAACGGAAUACAAGAUUGAGCAUGAAAGGGAGUGGCAGAGUGAACUUUUACUGUGUGUAUCGGGCUUUUUGAUUGUUUGUGCGCCGUUUUGCGGUACGCUGGGGGUGGGGGCGGGGGUGCUGUGGCAUGUGAGGGAGAUAUGGAGGUGUGGGGGAUUUGAUGGGGAGGGGGUGGAUGGGCGGGUUGAGGGGAAGGAGGAGGAUGGGUUUGGUGGUAUGAAGGAUCUGGUUUUACCGUUUGAGAUUUCACGAUGUGGUGAGCUUGUUGCGUCGAAGGAGUUAGGGGAUAUGCGGGAUUGGGAGGAGGUGGAUAUCUCGGUUCCUUCGCCAGUUGUGGUUCCGGUAUCGCAAGGAAGGUUUAAGAGGAAUCCAUACACGCUGGCUGGUGUGAUGGCGAUUUGGGGCUGGAGAAACGACAGGGUGAAUAGGGGGUAUGACGGGCGAGAUGUGCGGAGAAGGAGUUUUGAAGAGGAUGUUGAGAUAGGCGAAGGGCCGAAGAGGACAUGA